CGAGCGCAUGCUUGUUGUAUCGACAACAAAUAUAGCAUUAAGGAAAUCCUUCACAAUGCGCUUAACUGAACUCUGCUAGCCAGUUAGCCUACCCCAACGCAGGAGUAAGGGUGUUGGUUUUAUUUUGAUUUUGUUACGGAGUAUAUGCAUUCAGCAAGAGCGUCUCGAGACAAGCGAGAUAUUUUAGCAUCAUGGACGAUACGUUAAGUAUCGGUGACACCGUAUGUCUCUAUUCGGAGGAGUCCCUCGGAUUUGUUUACUCUUCACAAACAAGCACACUCCACUCCGAAAUAGCAGUAGGUUCAAGACAGGACAGAGUGCGGCCAGAAAUACCAGACCAACACAUCGUUGCUUUUGAAGUAUGUGUUGCCAACAGAUACAAAUUAAACAAGAAGUACCGCAAACUUCGAACCAAGUCCGAGGAGGAUCCAGAAAGCCUCUCCCUCAAAAACAAUGUUGCACAGGCCAAGAUAGCAGCUCAGGCAGAGGAGGAGGACAAUGCACUGGAACAGAAGAGGCAGCUGGGCAAGAAGGUCCUGUAUGGACAAGUGAUACAGCUGCGCCACCUGUUCACAGGGAAGUAUAUUCAUGUCAGCACCACCAAGACUUCCCAGACUGAAAGCAACAACAUGGCGGUCGACCUGUUGCAUGGAAAUGCCAAACAUGCUCAGUUCCGGAUCAUGCCGAGAUACAAGGUCAAGGCCGAGGGUGAUGUGGUCCAAAUUGAUGAUCAGAUUGUGUUGGACAGCAUCAAGUCUUCCGGCCAGUUCCUGCACGUCAGUCGCAUUCUGCUAGGGUCCAGCUCUGUAUAUCACAACAGUGCAUUGACCAAAGUGUCGGAGAGCUAUGAGCUGAACCUGUCUGUGCGGCAGUCUGGCUUCACCGUCUACAGGAAACACAAGCCCUCCACGGAGGAUGAGAACAAGGUCAAGGUGGGGGAUCUCAUCAGGUUCUAUCACAAGGAGAUGGAGGCCUACCUUGUCGCCGAGGGUCUGUUCAAUGACGAACUCACAGAAGAUGUUCAUCUGAGGAUGCGUCCGAUUGACCAGGCCAACCCCAAGACUAUGUUCCCUAGCAGCUCCGCAGUGACCUACUGGCAGAUUGAACUCCAGGAGGGGCCAAUCAUAGGUGGGGUACUGAAAUGGGAGCAGCAGUGUCGUAUCAUUCAUAUGUGCACACGGAAAUACCUCACAGUGAACGAAAAGAGUCAAGUGACCUUGACCUCAGAUUACCUUGACCCCAACACAGUUUUCAGGUUACAUGCAGUGAUCAGGCUUGUGGACAGUGAUGAUAUUCCCUUUGAGAGCUAUUGCCGCAUCGAACAUGUGGUCACCGGGCACUGGCUGCAUGCUCUCACCGAGGAGUACAUGUGGAAGCAGCGUGCCAAGCUGAAGGAGGACAAGGAUAACUCCAUGGGGGCCCUCAAGUACAGCACGGCUCAGCUCAAGAAGCUUCAGAGUGGAAAGAAGAUGAAAAUCGAGGCUAUACGAGAGAAGCAGUACGAUGACGCCUUCACACUACAAGCAGUUGACCCUGAUCUUGUGGACAUCUUCCACUACAUGGCGGGAAUGGUGCCUUUCAUCCAGAAACUAGUCAAAGAUAAAAAAGAUGAUGUUAUCCUGAAUGCCAAGAUGGCUCACACUGUUAUCAUGGCGCUGUCGGAGAUGAAGAAGUUUAUGAUUGUAGACAGUGUGCCGAACAAACGGCGCCAGAAGCUCAUGAGAAAUCUCAGGAUUGUGGAGCUGCUUGUGAGCCUCCUCCAGAUUCCAUACCGAGGCAAGGAUGACCGAGGGCAUCUGACCAACAUCUUCGUGGAGGCGUAUGAUGUGCUGUACACAUACCUGAUGGGUGACAGUCGCAAAAACGAGCUGUACAUUGCCAAGUACAUCGACUUCUUCCUCACACAGUUCGAGUAUAAGGAGGGCAAGAUUGGCCUGAACGCAGCCCACAUGGUGAUGGAGCUAAUCAGAGACAACCGGAAGAUCGUGGACAGGAUAUCUCACGAACACAUAGAGAAGUUCAUCGACCUUCUACGCACGGACAAGAACUACCGGUACCUGGAUCUGCUGAGUGUUCUGUGUGUGUGUGACGGUGUCUCCAUAGCAGACAACCAGAAGUACAUCACGGAGGUGUGGCUCAUGAGACAAGACAAGUCAUAUUCAAAUUCCGCAAAGGGGAACUGUUACCUGACUGACCUAGGUCAGAAGAUCCAGAAGCAGGCUGGCAUCGUGUACGUGUCCACGAAUAAUGGCCGGUUGUGGGAGAACCUGCGGGACUUUGCCAGUGAAUCUGCAGAGGAAAAGUACCUGUUUCUUGAACAUCAGCUGGAGCUUUUUGGGAUGCUGUGUCACGGUCAGAAUGAUUUUGCUAUUGACGUGAUCACAAAUAAGCUGAACUAUCUGACAUGGGAGGAGGCGUUCACUUGUCUCUGUGAUGAAAAACUCCCGGACAGACUCCGUGCCAAGUACUGCGAGCUUAUCAUCACUCUGUUUGUUGACAUCGGCGACAACGUCUCAGUGGUGGACCGCGUCAAGCUGUCCUACAUCUACGACGACAUUGACCAGACAGAGGAAACACAUGAUCAGAAGACAAAGGGACCUAAAAAGGACACAUAUGACAAGUCAGGUUCACCAACAUACAAAUAUUUCCCCAAACUGAGAGACUGGAUCUCCCACUUCCUGGGCACCAAUGGCGACAUGACGGCGUCCGAGGUGGGAAACAACCUGCUGGUGGAACAGGUGCUGUGUUUGGUGCACUUCCUGGUCAAGUACGGCUUCUACCACAAGUCAGUGGACAUCGAGAAGCUCCUGGUGCCUCUCAUGAGUCUGCUGGACGGACGCAACGACAAGCCGUACCCAAACAUGAAAGGCAAAGAAGCAGACGAAGUUUUGAAGUAUUUCAAGAAAAUUGAACGAUUCAAGAGAAGUCCAGAGACAAAGGCCAUCGUUGAUGCCAAAAUACAAGCUCUGGAGGUGUUGAACCUGUUCUUCAACUUCAUCUUCAACCUGAGAAUGGAGAAAUUCAUGAACAUGUUCAAAGUGACUCACCAUCAGGCAGUGCACCCGAACAUGCCCCAGCCAGAGUUAUGGCCCUUGUUGAAUGAGACGUUUCAAAUCGAUGGCAAUCACAGUGUAUCAAAAUCGUCUCUGAAGAAGCUGAAAGAAAUUUUUGAUGAAACAGCUUUCUUCAAGAAUUAUGAAAUGACAGAGAUUUUAUUGGACCUGUCUCACUACGAGUACGAUGAGAUUGUCAGGAAAUCCAUGCACCUCGUCAACCGGUACUUCUCAGCCCAUCACAAUCUGUUCAGUCGCGCUGUGCAGGCACAGGUGUUGAUCACGGACAAGUCGGUGGACAUCGUGAGACAGCUGGAGAAGUUGCUGCCCACGCUGCGCCGUCUCGCCACGGCCAAACUGUCCAUGGAGCAGACGGAGGAACUGUCAGCUUACAUCGACAUCCUAACUGGUAUGUGCCACCUGGACGGCGAGACAGAGGAGAAUCACAUGAUGAACCAGAACGUCCUCUACAACCACGGAGUGCUGGAAGAUUGUCUUACUAUUCUGUCCCAGGAGAUUGACGUCAAACUGCUGGAACAGUAUGGCGGAUUGAGGCUGGUCUUCAAGAAGACGUUCACGCUCCUCAAGUUCAUGGCUCGCAACAACAAGCAGGUUCAAGGUCGGUUGUUUGACCGUCUGGAGAUGUUGUUGUCGAAGGAAGGUGCCCCGGCCGAACUCGCGGAUUGCAUCACGGAGGUGUUUACAGGUAACUCGAACACCUGUAUGAAAAUCUUCAGUCAUCAGGUGCAGAAAGUCAUGAGUCUUGUCGCCAGGCACCGAUCUAGUGUGCCACAGUUCCUCGAUCUCCUCAAUGCCAUUGUCAAGGUCGAGGAGCUUGACCUUCCUCUCAAACGGAACCAGAGUUACGUGAUGACUUACUUCAUGCAGCACAGAUCUGACAUUGCCACCGUCAUCGACCAGUCAGAGGCUGAGAGAGAAAAGAUCCUGGUGUCAUCUGGUUCACAGGAACUGAACUACCUGAUCGCCAUGGUGGACCUACUGGCAACCUGUGCGGAGGGCGAGAACCGCUUCAUUGAGUCCAUCUGUCAGACCAUCUUCAAGAUCCCGGACCUAUUGAAGGUGCUCAACAACGACAUGAUCAACAACAACCUCAAGAGGCCGUUCCUCCGCUUCCUCUUGUGGGUGUACAUGAACACAGCCAGCGGCAUGAUAGAGAGCGGGGCAGGGGACUUGCCCCACGACAGGAGUCUGUGGACCUACCUGGUCAGUUUGAAUGGAGUGCUGAAAAAGGCGACAGAUUACGCAACCGCUAACCCAGACCUGGUCAAGCAGCUGCUCAAACGUCCGCCAGCCAAGAGCACCACUGCUAGAAUACAAACAGCCAGAGGAGAACGCAGCCGCAGUGAUGCUGAGGAAAUGAGAGGAACUCUUCACUAUCUGUUUGAUGCUGUCAUGCCGUUUCUGCAGGUGUUCUGCCGGAGCUACUUCCAGCCCGACACCUGCACUUUCCCUGAGGAAGCCAAGGAGCCAGAAAAGCUGUCAACGCUUACCCUCUCCUUGGAGGCAUUCUUGGAAGCCGUGGCGCCGCACAUCAGCAUUCAAAGACAGAUGAAACUUCUCAUCAACGCCGUGACUGCAAUCAUCACAGCAUCUGGUGCCGUCUCAGUCAAUAAAAUGGAGGAGUUCCACGCGAAGUACGGAGGUGGCUUGGGAUCUCAGGAUGUCCGCAGUGACGCCAGGAAGAGGUAUGAGGACUACUUUGAUGGUGAGGAAGACAUCAACUUGAAGCUGAACGUGUUCGCUGUCAACAUGCACCUGGCCUACGGUGGUAUCAAUGAUGUCCAGACACAGGUCGGCUUUCCCAGUAGAGAAGAAUACUCUGAGAUUGGGGGAGACGAGGAACUCCCCCUAGGGGCGGAGUUCCAGGAGCACCUGCGCUGCUUCAUCGACCCCCACGGAAGGACCCCCGAGGCCAAGUACAGCAUGGCAGAGAAACUUGUCAAACAGCUGUUCAUCUCGGCGACGUUAAACAACCUGAGCGAGAAGGAGAAGAUCGAGCAGACGGAGCUGGAUGAGAAGUGUCUGCAGCUGCUGCGCGGCCUCAUCCACAACGAGAUCAUCAAGCUGCCCCUCGACUGGGAGCUCCACGUCAAGAGCAAUAGGAAGCAGCUGAAGGUGAUCGAGUCGGUCCAGUUCGCUCUCAACUCCUACAAUGUGAUUGAGAGCACACUCAACCAUCUGUCUCGGCCCCAGGACAAUAUCAUACGGGAGUUACUGGCCUUCAUGGCAGCGCUACUGUUCGGGGGGAACUACGCAGUGCAGAUGAGUUUGAUCGCCUACUUCACCGGCACUCGAGAGGAAACUUUCUUCUUCGCCAUCAAGACCCGGAUGCAGCUAUCCAGCGUAGCAACACGGGAGAAACGCCUCCUUCACGCGAUGCACACCGCGAAGGUUGAGGAGAUGGUGGCCCAGACUAAGGCCCUUCAGAAGGCCAUGAAGGCCGGCAAUGUCCAGGGCAUGGACCUGAUGAUGGCCAACCAGCUUGGAUCUAUGUUAUCUCUUGCCAAACAUUCCAUGGUCAACAUGCGCAAUCCGAUGGGGUCUCGCGGCUCCAUGAAGCGGCCAAUCAGCCGAGCCAGUAGGAUGAAUGGGGGGAUGGGAGGACACACCCUGAUGAUCCCCCAGGGACUGGGGCCCCCCAAGGUCGCUGUCAACGGCAGCUCCAUGAAUGGGCUCGGUGGUCCACCGCCCAAGAUGGAGAUCAGCAAGAUUAAGUCUAAGAAGAAGUCAGAGGUGGCCCCGCUCGAAGAGGUGGACAUCAAAAUAGAGGACAUGGACGAGGAGGAGCUGCAGGAGCUGACUAAUGCUGCCAUCUCCAUGUCAGAUGACCUGGACUUCAAGGACGAUGGUUUCAUUGAGCUGGUGCUGCGUGUGCUCGGACUCAUGUGUGACAAUCAACACAAGGGACUCCAGAACUACCUCAGGGAACAACCAGACAAUAUCAAGUCAGUGAAUCUGGUUGCCGAGACAACAAGGUUCCUCAAUAUAUUGUAUUCAAGUAUUUCGGACAAAACGGCGCCACUUAUAGUGCAGUUGUUUGACACUCUUGUGGAAUACACUUCGGGUAACUUCCAGAACCAGUCUAUAGUGUUUGACAACAAGAUCUGCGAUUACAUCAACCACAUACUCAGAGUAGGAGUCUACAAGAACUGCUCAUUGGAACAGGUCUACACCGUAAAGAAGUCAAUCGCGACUCUGAUCAAAUCUUUGACGGAGGAAAACCCACCCGAGAGGGAGGACGAUGAAGAUGCGUUGGCAAAUGACCUGCCUGACCUAGCGGGCACCUACACCAGACCUGCCCCACAACUACACCAGAACUUUGCCAGAAUUGAGCACUCCACUCAAUUACAGAGCAGUGACAUUAGAUUCCGCCGACCGACUUGUUGGGAGGUACUGGAGUACCUUGACAGUGAUUCAAUCGUACAAGCCAUGGUGACAGCAUAUAGUGACAUCAAGGAUGCGUCUGCCAUGCAUGUCAGAGAGAGAACACCUGAGUCUACUCAGCUAGCCAACCUGUUGAGUGAUGUCGGCUUUGCUUACUACCACAUCCUGUGUCGCAAGAUGGAUCUUCACGAGGAGAUCACUAAACCCAUGCUGAUCAAGACGCCAGAGAGUGAGAUUGCAUGGGCGUACUUCUUUGGCAACACACUCUCAAUUGAGGUCCUCAAGAAUGACAUCCUUCAGAAGAUCUAUUUCCGGGUAAAAGACAAGAACGUUCUCCGUGAAGAGAUCAAGGAAAAGUUCAAGUACGAGGUGGACAGAACGUCGCCAAGCAACAAGCUGCGAGACUUCAUGGACUGGUCGCAGGACAUUAUUUCGGACAUCAAGUAUCAGCGGAAGGUUCACGCAAACCCACUGGCCCGGUUCUUUGUCAAGUGCUGGCCGUGGGUGAACAUCCUGGUGAUGAUCGUGACUGUUGCGAUCGCCUUCCUCGUCAUGGUCACCUGGCAGGAGAACGCUCUCCAGGCCUCAGAUCCAGUUCCCUACUUGAACAACUGGCCCGGCGCCUACUACAUGACCUUCGUUCUCGGCGGCAUCCACAACAUCCUCUCCCUCAUGAUCGUCGUCAGCUACUUCCUCUCCAACCACCCAACCUUCCCCGGGAUCAAGGACAUCAAGAACCUGUUGAAGCGAAUCACACCACAGCGACUCCAUGCGAAGGUCGAACACGAUGAGGAGGAACAGAAGGGCGGCCAUCUUGAAGUGAAGUUCUUCGGCUUCCUCACUUUCUACUACAUUUGCUUCCUGGGGUUCUCGGUGAGCGGCACCGCCCUGUACGGCUACUUCUUCUCCGUGCACCUGCUCCACAUGGCGAUGCUCAACCAGCUGCUGAAGCGGGUCAUCCAGGCAGUAACACGCAACGGUUGGUCGCUGGUGCUGGUGGCACUGCUCGGAUUAGCCAUCAUGUACAUCUUCUCCUUGAUCAGCUUCGCUUUCUACAGGGAAGUCCUCACCGCAGCCGACGGACGUCACUGCCGCACCAUCUACGAGUGCAUCACCACCAUGAUUCACCAUGGUCUCAUUGAAGGACUGUACAAUGUGAUGGAGCCUUCCUUGGCUGGAAAGUCAUACGAGUUUCAUCUGGGUGUGACUGUGUUUGACACAGUCUUCUUCAUCAUCAUCACCACCAUCGGCCUCAACAUCAUCUUCGGUAUCAUCGUGGACACGUUCUCCGAGCUUAGAGACAAUAAGUGGCAAAUUGACCAUGACAUGAAGUCCAACUGCUUCAUCUGCAGCAGGGAGAGCUACGACUUCGAGCGCCAAGCAGAGGGUUUUGAAAAGCAUGUGAAAAUGGAGCACAACCAGUGGGCUUACCUGUUUUUCUUCAUCCAUCUGGACGAGACGAGACCCAAUGACUACACAGCCCUUGAGCUUUUCAUUGCAAACUUGCUGGAGAAGGACAACUUUGACUUCUUCCCCCUGAACCGUGCGAUGAGUCUGCGUCAUGAGGAAGACAGCAGUGAGAAGAAGCUGGAGACGCUGAUGGACCAGGUGGACUACCUCGUCAACAAGAUGAAGGAGGAGGAGGCGACCAAAGAGCGAGACAAGGAGAAGCAGAGACAGCUGGAGUGGGAGGCAAAACACAAGACAGCCAAGAAGCAGUAACAGCACACACCGGGAGAUAGUCAUGCUGAGAUAUUGCCAUGCUGAUAUUGCCAUGCUGAGAUGUCAUGCUCAGAUACUGUCAUGCUGAUGUAAUAUCAUGCUGAGAUAUUGCCGAGAUAUUGCCAUGCUGAGAUGUCAUGCUCAGAUACUGUCAUGCUGACGUAAUAUCAUGCUGAGAUUUUGUCAUGCUCAGAUUUGGUCAUACUGAGGUAAUAUGCAGACAUUGUCAUAUUGCGAUAUUGUCAUGGAGAAGAAAUGUCAUGCUGAGAUAAUAUAAUACACAAAUAAGGUCUGUUGAUUGUUAUCUCAGUCAGAGAUAGUCAUGUUGAGAAUUACAUGUCAUGCUGAGACACAUUAAUUAUAAAAUAAUGUCAUGCUGUGACACGUUAAGUGUAAAAUAAUGUCAUUCUGUGACACAUAAAAAAAUGUCAUGCUGUGACACGUUAAGUGUAAAAUAAUGUCAUUCUGUGAUGAGUUCAGUAACAAUUAUUGCCAUGUCGCUAUUAUGUUGAGAUAUUAUCCUGCUUAGAAAAUGUCAACAGUUAUUUAAUGCUGAAAUGGUUUCAUAUGUGACACGCUGAGAUUUAGAAGGCAUUUAUAACUCCAUGUGUAUGCCAUUAAAAUAACGUUUGGUACAGCGAGGAAAAAAGUCAUGUACAGAAUAACAGCAAUAUGCAGAAGUUAGUGUUCUCUCUAGGAAGUCACAGAUGGGUAUUGUUUGAGAAAAUAUAUCUGCCGAGUUUGGAGAAAAAAUGGUAGAAAUAGAAUUUGUAAUGACACUUUUAUUUAUUGUUUUUAAGCAAACGAAGGCAUCUGUGUCAAAAUGUGAUUAACAAGAAGGAUGAAUAUUUGUAAGAAUUCAAUUCAUAUAUAUUUUAUUAUAUAAAGAAAUACGGGAAUGCAUAUUGUGAUCCUCUACGUCUUUCUGUACCGGUGGACAGUGAUCUAAGUUGAAGUGAUGUAAUUGGUUGUGAUGCACAUGGGAUGACAAGCUAAUAAUUGAUUCAUUAUGGCCAAAGAUAGAAGAAAUACAACAUCAGAAGACUUUGUGUUGUAAUAGUGCUGAAUAUCCAUGUUAUGUUUCCAUUGAAAUUAUCCAAUCUUCCCAAGAAUCUUUCUACGGUCUCUGUUCAGGUUUAACAUCACAUGUUAGCAUUGUGAGCACCCCUCUUGAGAUGCAGUUUCUUUGUCUCUUUACUUUUACAAUGUUUCCAAUAAUUUAUUGUUGUUGUCAGAAGCCAUUGUUAAAUGUGUAUACAUUUAUAGAAGUAUAUGAUAUAUGUAUAUUAUUUAUAUAAGAAGCAUGAAAUUCACAUAUUUUGUUUAUUUUCUUACUUUUAACAAACUGACAACUGGAUACAUUUCUAGAUAUUUAAUAGGGAUACAACUUUUUAAUUUUUUAAAAAUGUUUUCUCAAGUCUUUCAGAAUGAGUGAGUGAAUAUGGUUUUACGACGCUUUUAACAAUAUUCCAGCAAUAUCACGGCGGGGGACACCAGAAAUGGGCUUCAGACAUUGUACCCAUGUCGGGAAUCGAACCCGGGUCUUCAGCUUGACAAGCGAACGCUUUAACCACUAGGCUACCCGACCGCCCCCUUUCAGAAUGAUGUGUGGAUUAUGUUAUGUGUAGGAUCUGUGUGUAGAUAAACGGAGUUGGGGUAUGUGUUGUGACCACUGCAGUCAACCAGGCUGAAGCUUACUGUGAUAUACAGCCCGUUUUACAGUAUAUAUUCUUCUAUGCUGAAGUGUUGUUCUUAGAGGUGUGUACAAGGACCGAGUCAGUAGGGUAGCUUUAAGUGCUUUGAGCAGUGUUCAGUUAGGUCCUCCAUGUUAGCGUGAUGUGAAAGUCAAAGUAACUCAGGUCAUAGAUGUUUGCCAUGAGCUUGUACAACCAGACAAUGGAUGCUUGGCUUCAAACCAACAUUCAGCAAAUACUGGCAUGGCAAAGGGAGGCAACUCUGCACAAGUGUUUUUCGGUAUGAAAGCUGAAUAGUUUUGUGUGAUGGAACAAUGAGCACGUGCUAGAUAGGGAAUGUAUGUUCAGAUAAAUAAUACUCUAUACUGAUGUCGUGGUUGUGUUUCUGCUUUCUUAUAACCACACUUAUGAUGUUACUUUUUUAUAUUUAAAAUGUCAUGUUAUAAAGACCUCUAUGUAUUAUGCAUGUCUAUAUAUUUGUAUUGUGUAUAUAUGGUGUAUAGUGUUGGUAUGUCCUAUGCUACAUUGCAGGUUUUACUGAGAUGUGAUAUAUUUUGUUUUCAUUUAAUGAAUUUAAUCAUAUUUUAAUGCAUGUGAUAUAUUUGUUUUUAUUUAAUGAAUUUAAUCCUAUUUUAAUGCAUAUGAUAUACAUGUGUAUUUGUUUUUAUUUAAUGAAUUUAAUUAUAUUUUAAUGCAUAUAUGUGAUAUAUUUAUGUAUCAUUGUGAUCCCUUCAUAUAAUUUUCACUAAUAUGCCUUUCAUGUCAAGUGGAAUCAAUUUCGGCAGAUAAUCAUGUUUUAUGUAAUUAGUUAAAACUGUUAAUGUUAAUAUUGCCAAAAUGAAUACUAACUCUAAACUUGCUGUGAAUGUGGUUGCCUUGUUUUUGCUACAUUAAAAUCCAUAUAAAUGUC